UCCCUCUGUAUGUAGGGUUUCUUGUCCCCAAAAUAAAAUCUUUUUAGGGUUUUCUGAAACAGUGGAGUGAAGCACAAAUCUGCGAUUAGGAUGGAGGUGAAGGGUGUCCCGUAUUUGUACCUGAUGUCGAACGAAAGAUUAUAUCGUCUGGAAAUUGGCAAGUUCCGUCAAGUUGCAAAUAAGUUCCCAGACUGGCGUCGUCCGGCACCGAUUGAGUUCGAGAAGGUCGAGUUUUUGGGUGAAGACGGUCAAGUCGUUAGUGAGGUUCCUGAUUCAAUGCAACAUCAUGCCGACCACCGCAGCAACCGCCUAUUUUUGGUGGGGGGUUUUCAUUCCGAUGGUACCCCCAAUAGAAUGGUUUACCUUCUUCAACCGGACUCAGACUAUCCAUGCGCCAGGCGCAUAAUAGAAUCUACAGGAUUCUUGGCCUCUGGAGCCUUCUCUGCCAACACCGGUGGGACUGUUGCGGUGCUCCAACUUGAUGAUGAUGAUGAUGGUAACUUUUAUCUUCUCGACACAACGCAAAAGCUUGAUCCCUCGUUAUCAGGAGGGAAAUUAGAUAUCGCACCUCCUAUCUCCGCUACCAGAGAUGAGGGCUUUUGUUUCCAGCGUUAUUCUAUUUUAGAUAAUUGUUGGGAGAAUUUACCUGAACCCCCUCAAUGUGGUCUGCUAUCGGGGUGGGCUAGAUGGGGCCAUAAGUUGCACAUCAGCACUUGUGGACGAUCACACAUGUUUGAUUUCCGUAGAGGUGUGUGGAGGGAUGGAUUGCCAGGAAAUUUUGGAGCUGCGGUUGUGUAUAAGAAUUUUUUUAUUGGCUUUAGAUCUCCUCAGAGUAUAGUUGCCUCUUAUAUGGAUUCACGUGAAAUGCCCCAAUUUCGACUUAAUGACCUGUACAAGCUGGAAGACAUAUUUGGUCGAUGGACGGGGGUGCAUGUGGAUGACAUUUAUAUGGGGUUAUGUAGGGAUGGAGAUGACGACCUUCUUUGGUUAGCUUAUUCAGUUGUUGGCAGCGAAGCUCCAAUAAAUUGCCAUGUUCGUUUCGUACUGUUUAGAAUGCUCAUUCAAGAUGAUCGGUUUGGUGUCCCAACUCUGUCUUUAGUUCAUGAGGCCGCUGAAUACCUUGACUUGGAGGAUGUAUGGUUAUGUACUGCUUUUGUAUGGAACACUACUGAUCAAGACCAGCCAACCACUAGGAAAAGAAGCAGACGACUCGACUAAGUUCAAAGGGAAGAGGGAUAUUGCUAGUCGGUUGCUGUUCUUAUAACGCUUGGAUUUGUAAUAUUCAGACAAGAAUUGAUUCAAAUAGAAAAAGUAAGAGUCUAUAAUAUGAUUGCAGAAUUACAUUAGUUAAGAGUUUGUAAUCUGAAGGAGUACAAGAUUUACCAGCAUUGGCCCGUGACGUCUUGGCUUUCUCUGGCGAGUUUUAUUUUUUUUACAGAAUUAGACUUGGGAUAAGAUAAAAGUUUUAUGCGACAUUGUAAUCAGAAUUUAUGGGGCUUUUCCAUCUACCUGUUAGAUCUUUGUGAUAACCUUUUGUUUUGUUUCUGGAAGAUGGAUGGUACCUUAGUUUGGAUAGAGAUGCUGUUGACAUUUAUCUGAGGUCUUUUAUUGAGCUCAUGUUUUCUCAUUUGGUUUUUCAUCUGCACAAUGCGAGGAGAGGUCAUAUUUUUGUGCUGUUGAAGUUGCCUUUUUAAGAGGUGGGAGAUCCUAGCAUGGAGUCUUGCUCUAUUGAGUGGAAGGCAUCAUUAUUUUGUAAAGGAAAUAAGGUUAUAGUCUUGUGGGGUUGUACUUUGUUAGCUGUCAUGUGGGUACUUGGUUGGAAAAAGUUGGGAGGAUUCUUUGAUAUUAUGAGAGCUACAUGGAGCUUUGGAUAGAUUUAGCUUGUCCUGUAUCGGUAGAUUUCAUAGGCCACAUCCUUUUGUGCUAGAAGGGAUGUUGUCAUACUAGGUUACUCAUUAGAGUGUUUUUAUUUGUAACGAACUAUUGCAUUUUGUUUAGCUUUCUGGUUUCUGUUGUGGAAGUAUUGUCCAGUUUUAUUAUAUCAUUCAAUCUUGUAAUUCAGGCUCAAAAAUAUGAAUGAUUAUGCUGAAAGACAGACUUGGGAUUGAU